AUGACCUCCGCUGCUCACGAUGAGUGCGAUGGCCCAUCGUGUGCGGUGUGCAAACAUGCAGCUUGUGCCGGUCCUGAGGAGGGGUCUCAAGACGUGUCCAACGUGGUUAAACAGUGGUUCCCACGUUCUGAUGAGCAGCGGCUAUCGGAUGACACUGAUGUGGUUGAGUAUGAUCUCCCACUCGCGGUUGAGCAUGAGUUCCCGCGUGUGGUCGAGCGGGAACUCCCUGAAGAAGAGAAGGAAGAAGUGGUUGAGCGUGGCCUCCCACAAGUGGUCGAGCGUGUGUUCCCGCGAGUGGUCGAGCGGGAGCUCCCUGUUGAAGUGGACGCACUCAAGUCGUGCGUCCCCCGUGUUCGCACCGGUGAAAUGUCCCGAUGCCCAAGUUCCGCAGUCAUGAUCGAGCGUGGUCUCUCAUCGUCUGCUGCCGUGGACGACAUUCCACGCCCUGUUCGGCGCCGAGGCCGCAGCAAACCCCGACGACCUCGUGUGCUUUUAAACGACUCAGUUGGCACUGAGGCUGAAGUCAUCUCAGUUCUUGUGAAAUCCUCGGGACCGUCCCGCGUGUGCGACAUCGCGGUUGGACACCCUCCACGUGACGCAGCAGCGAUCAUGCAGUUGCCUGAUCUCCCAUGCAAACAUUUCCUGAGCGACCUGAAGAAGGGCGGCAUCGAGCAAGUGUGCAUGUUCAUGCACGAAGCCACUGCGUCUGCCGCAGCUGUCGAAGUCGACGCCGAUGACCGAGCGUCCGAUACCAGGACUGGACUGAAAGGGGCCGAGCCGAAGUGCGCCAAUGAGGCGCGCUACGCUGCUCAAUCGUUGCCGGCACUCGAGUCCUCCGGCAACCCCGUCGCUCCUCUCGUCCGGGAGUACAUUGACAUCUUCUCGGACAAGGUCCCAGCCGUCCUUCCCCCUAAUCGUGGGGUCCAGCACGAGAUCGACCUCGUGCCCGGUGCCAAGUACUGUGUAACGCGGCAGUGGCCGCUUUCCCGAGAUCAAGUAGAGACAAUUGAUGCCUUCUUCGAGAGUCGCCGGCAAGCCGGUCACGCUGAACGAUGCCACCAUUCCAGUACAAACGCCAAUUCCACGGAAGACAUGGUGCUCGACACCAUGUCUGGCAGCACGAAGUACAGUGCCAUAGAUCUGAUGGACGGGUUCUAUCGGAACCUCAUGCGUGAAGAAGACGUGUCGUUGACUGCUGUCAGCACACUGAGCGGGAUGCUAUGGAAUGAGUUUGCGCCCAGCUAUUUUGACGAUAUCUUCAUCCACAGUCGUGCCGAGGACGGCAUGACCGACGUCGAGGUACAUCUGGAUCAUCUCCACCAAGUGUUUGAGGUGAUGCGGGAGAACAAGUUGCACGCCAACUUGAAGAAGUGUAUCUUCUGCGCUCCAGAGAUACCAGUGCUUGGGAGCUACGUCAGCAAGCAAGGUGUACGCGCUGACCCUGAGAAGAUUGAAGCCAUCUGCGCUUGGACCGUGCUUCAGAACCAGAAGCAGCCAGACGCCACGUGGUCGUGGUGCCCCGAGCACCAAACGUCCUUCGAUGCGGUGAAGACGAGUUUGUCAACCGCGCCCGUCCUGAUGCUUCCUGAUCACACGAAGCCCUUCCAUGUUGUGUGCAAUGCGAGUGACUUCUUGAUCGGCUGCGCCUUGAUGCAGUUUGACAACGAUGGACGCGAGCGAGUGGUGAGUUACCAAUCUCGUCAACUGAAGCAGGCGGAAUGGAGCUAUCCAGCCCAUGAUAAGGAGCUGCUUGCCAUGCGCUACGCACUCAUCAAGUUCCGCGUGUAUCUCCUGGGUGAGAAAACCUUCGCGAUCUACACAGAUCACGUGUCACUGAGGACAGCGACGAAGAGCCCUCACUUGUCCGAGGGCAUGGCACGCUGGCUGUCCCUGUUCUACGAGUACAACUUUGUCGUCCAUUACAAGCCGGGCAAGACAAACAUCCUCGCCGACGCGUUAUCGCGUCGGCCAGACUACGUGCAGUCAGGUCGUCACGCGAUUGGCGGCAAAGAUGACGACGAGUGUGCUGUGUGUGUCGCCGAAGGAGUAGCUGCGGGCGAGGUUGCUGCGACCAGUCCACUGCGUGAUAUGAUCGCGACUGCGUACGGCUCGGAUGCAGAGUGCGCCGAGAUGUUGAAGUACCUACGGGACCCGUCAAACACGGCGCGACGCCGACUGUCUUUGCGUAGCCGCGCCCGUGUCGAUCACUACGCUCUGGGUGACAACCUACUAACAUAUUGCGUCGACCGCUCGGAUCCUCCGCGCAUCGUUGUCCCACUGGACGACGAUCUUCGUGCUCGUUUAAUACAUGAGUUCCACGACACCUCGAGUGGUGGACGCGAGAAAACGUUCACGUCGCUAUCUCGCGACUUCUACUGGCCGCAUAUGUACAAGUGGGUGCGGAAGUGGGUACGCUCGUGUGAAGCGUGCCGGCGUGUGGAGUCGUCUCCGUCGAAGCGAGCGCCCCUUCGACCACUCCCCGUCGCGACCGAUCCGUGGUCCUCGGUGAAAAUGGACUUUGACUUCAGACUGCCUCUCGCUCAAGGCUGCACUGGUGUUCUCGUCUUUGUUGACCGCUUCAGCAAGAUGGUGCACCUUGCUCCAGUCACCGACUCAGUCACCGCAGUGCAAUCCGCGGCGAUCUUCCUCGACAUCGUGUAUCGGCACCACGGCCUACCGAGUUCGAUGGUCUCCGAUCGGGAUCCGAGAUUCAUCGCUGCCUUCUAG